CCUAAUCCAAAGCAACAUUUAGAAACGAUAAUAUUGUCUUUGACUAAUAACGACUUGACACAGCGACCAUGACUUACCGCUCUACCUCCUGAGUAACCGCGCCUGUUAUGUCGGGCGGCAAGAGAAUUGGCUUUUAUCUCGGGGUAGUGCGAAGACAGAUUACUUAUGUGACCCCUAAAUAUACCGUCCGCGUGGCCGUUGGAAACUCUUUCUAUCUGUCCCUACCCGACUUCCACACCACUGCGACGUGACGGAAGGAGUGAUAAUGGAUCCAACCGUAGAAGUCAGCACUGUAUUGUCGGAAUUGGAGAAUGAAUAUGCACGUUCAACCAAGUUUGUUGAAGAACUGUACUUGUCUCUCGAUGCAAAUCGGACGGCGCCAAGAGGCCGCAGUAACCCUUGCCAAGCAUGGUGCGAUAAGGAGGAAAACCACGCUAAGCGCUCGCAAAGCUCUCAACCGCAUGUCGCCGACGUUCGCCCUAGCCAGCUAGUCGGCAGCCCCACAUCGAGGUCCUUUACGGAGCCCAAAGUCGGCGCGCUGCGCUUAGGCGGGUCACAAGCGCGCCCCAGCUCGCCAUUCGCGGCUAGAGUCCAGACUCCAGAUCGGCGUCCAAACCGGAAGAGCUUCUUUGGUCGCGCUCCCUCACCCGGACCCGCAAGAGGCAUCACCUGGCAAGACGACCCGCUCUGCAGUGCCACCAACGCAGUUACCGUGGUCAACCUGGAAAUGUCACCGCUUGCUGCUACACCGGCGAUUGUGGCAUCCUCGCCGCCCGUGGCAACCGGGCACAAUCGCCGGUCUUCCCUUGGGAUCUACCACCCGCCACCGCACCCUCGCAAGUCUAUGGAGUUCAGCGGCCUGGCCGCGGCGGCAGCAGCAGCGACCGGACCACCUGCGACCGGCGCAGUAGUGCCCGGUUCUCCUGGAACGGAGGCUCACCGACAGCCCCUGCUGCUCCAACGCACGCACCCGGACCUGCUCGGCUGGGCGCAGUCCGGCAUGGCGGCAGGUGCGACCGGCAGCCGCCCCAACUCCUUCACCCAGCAGGGCAGCAGCCGCUCCCGGCGCUCCUCCUGCACCAGCGCCGCCAUUCCUGCAGCGCUGCAGCAGAUGCUGCAGCAGCAGCACCACAUCUUGGGCCACUCGCUGUCGCAGCCGCAGCAGCCGCAGCUGCCGCAGCACCCACAGGAGCCCGGCGGCAACAGUACUGCCAUUAUCCGGGGCAACAGCCAUCACCAACUGGAACAGCAACAGCUGCACCAGGCGGAAGAGCAGCAGCAGCAGCGCCCUCACCCUCACCCUCACCAGCAGCACCAGCACCGUCAUCAGAGUCACCUUCAGGAGCAGCUCCUGCAGAACCGCGUCGAGCAGCAGCAGCAGCAACACCAGCCGUCGCAUCAGCAUCAGCAUCAGCAUCAGCACCAGCACCAGCACCAGCACCAGCACCAGCACCAGCAACAAGGGGUGCACGCUCCUCAGGAGCAUGUUGUGCAGCAAUCCCCUCCGAGCGCCUCCUCCUCCAAACGCCAGCUCGACCAGCACUAUCUGCCGCCCCUGCCGCACGCCUCAGGCGGCAGCUUCACAAGCGGCAGCAGCAGCCACACAAACGGCC